AUGAACUAUCUUCAAAAGGGUGAAUACCCUCCUAGAAGUGAACUAGCGGAUCAGAAAUACAUAAGGAAACUAACGUUGAAAUUGUUCAUCAGUGGCAAUGCUCUUUAUAAGAGGUCUUUUGACUCUAUUUUGUUGAAAUGUGUCAAUGCCAAAGAGGCUAAUCAGUUGAUGAGAGAAAUACAUGAGGGAGAGUGCGGUCCGCCCAUGAAUGGUCACCUUUUGGCUAGAAAAAUCAUGAGACUGUGUUACUUUUGGAUGGCUAUGGAGGCUGACUAUAUUCGGCAUGUUCGUUAUUGCCAUCGGUACCAAAUUCAUGCAGACAAAAUCAACGUACCACCGAAUGAAUUGCGUCAAAUGUCUGAGUCAUGGCCCUUCUCAAUGUGGGGGAUCGACAUGAUUGGGCCAAUUAAUCCUAAGGCUUCCAAUGGACAUCACUUCAUCUUGGUAGCCAUCGAUUAUUUCACCAAGUGGAUCGAGGCGAACUCAUAUGCCAAUGUCACCGCUAAGAAUGUAGCCAAGUUUAUUUGCCGUGACAUCAUCGCUCGUUAUGGAGUCCCGGAAGCGAUCAUUACUGAUAAUGGCUCGAAUCUGACCAACAAGGUGGUAGAUGGCUUACUCGAUGAGUUUCAUAUUCGUCACCUGAAUUCCUCACCUUACCGCCCGCAAAUGAAUGGAGCCGUGGAGGCAGCCAAUAAGAACAUAAAGAAGAUCCUGUCGAAGACUAUCGAUAAUUAUUGA